CAGGAGGACGAAGCGAAGGAGACUGUCGUAAAGUGGAAUGUUUUUGAGUGAGGAGGUCAUUGGAAAGUGAGGUUGUUUGGUACGUUGUCGGGGGAAUAGCAGAUACUCUGAUACCAGAGUGGCUUUACUCAAAUCCAGCGUCGUUUUACAGGGGUCAUCACGUUCAAAAUGUUGCGUUUAGCGCUGCGAGUGCGUCCAUCUCCCAGAUUCACCCGGCCCAGUGUCCGGACGGGCCCUGCUGCUGCUGCUAGUCCACGAUCCGGACCGCUGUCAUGCCAUCAUCUCAAGCGAUACCACUCCAGCGGCCCGGCCCGGCCCCGGAUCUUGAGUGACGGUCGGCGUGUGUUCAACAGCAUCCUCAUUAACAGAUCAUGGGUCUGGAGAAGCCAGACGGCUAGUUUCAGUCAAAGCAUGCGAGUGUACAGUCUGCCGCCACAUCAGAAAGUGGAACUACCCGCGUUGUCCCCAACUAUGCAGAUGGGCACUAUUGCACGCUGGGAGAAGAAAGAAGGAGACAAAAUCAAUGAGGGAGAUUUGAUUGCUGAGGUUGAAACAGACAAGGCUACUGUUGGAUUUGAAAUGCUGGAGGAGUGCUACCUUGCCAAGAUCUUGGUCCCUCAGGGUACAAGAGAUGUGCCCAUUGGGGGUGUCAUUUGUAUUACAGUUGACAAUCCUGACCUCAUCCCUGCAUUUAAAGACCUUACAUUGGAUAAAAUCGCUAGCUCCGCCUCUGCACCUGCAGCUGCCCCUCCCCCUCCAGCAGCGCCUGCUGCUGCUCCUGCUUCACCACAAGUUCCUGGAAGCUCCCACCCACCUCACAUGAAGGUUCUUCUCCCAGCUCUCUCCCCCACUAUGACUGUGGGCACCGUGCAGCGCUGGGAGAAGAAGGUGGGUGAGAAACUUGGUGAGGGAGACCUGCUGGCUGAAAUCGAGACCGAUAAGGCAACAAUCGGUUUUGAGGUACAGGAGGAGGGUUACCUGGCUAAGAUAUUGAUUGCUGAGGGCACCAGAGACGUUCCCCUUGGCACUCCUCUCUGUAUCAUUGUGGAAAAGGAAACCGAUAUUGGCGCAUUUGCAGACUAUGUAGAGACAGGGGUGGCUACAAGCCCACCUCCCGCACCAACACCGGUGGCCACCCCACCUCCAGCUCCAGCAGCUCCCACCCCAGCACCUGCCACUGCUCCAGCCGCCCCUGCUGCUCCUAGGAAGGGUAGGGUGUUUGCCAGUCCACUAGCCAAGAAACUGGCAGCCGAGAAGGGAAUUGAUAUCGCCCAAGUCGCAGGAACUGGACCAGACGGAGCAGUCACCAAGAAAGAUAUCGACACUUUCGUUCCACCUAAACCCGCUCCUAAGGGGGGCUCUGUGCAUAUCUCUGGACAGUUACGUGUGGGUCAGGUGAUUCUGGAGGUGAAUGGCGUGUCACUUAAAGGCAUGGAGCAACGGGACGUGACUCGGGUCAUUGCGGAGGCCUUUAAGACCAAAGACAAAGACUAUGUUGACUUUUUGAUCGCCGAGUUCAACUUUGCUCUGUAG